GGCAACACUUGCAACACGGGACCUCUCUCCCACCACUGUUUGAUUCUCCCGUCGUCCCCGGCCGGCCUCCGUCGCCUCCGGUUCCAUCAUCCCUAGCCAAUAAUAAGGUAGCUGGGAACGUAACGAUAUGGCCAAGCCCGUGAAGCUGACUGCUGCUGGUUCCCUCCCGCUGAUGAAGGCCUGCCUCAGCUCCGGCGGGCGGCACUUGGGCUCGUUACCCUGCGGGAUGGCGACGAUGAUGCUCACGCAACGGGGCAUAGCUUCACGCCCUUGGGUGAACAGAGAUCGACAGCAACACCCCUCGAUAUCAUCGUCCUCAGUCUACUACUCACCGCCGGCCACCGCCCUCGGUUCGUCGUCGUCCUCGUCUCUAGCUCCGGCCCUGCUUCUCGCUGUGGCCGUUCGACGGCGGCGCGCGCCCUCUAGUCUUCUUUCCGGCAGGCAGCCUAAAUUCCCAAGACUAAUGGCCAACACCAACGCCGCCGCUAAUAAGCUCUGUGGUGGUCGUUCCAUGCCACCGGCGGCUUGCUGCCGCCACUCGGGCGGCCAACGCUUCCUCAGCUCGUUGCCUUGCUGGAUGAUGCCGUCGACGCAACUGGCCGGAGAUUUGCGCCGCCGCCCUGCUAAGGUCACGAGAGUGGCACAAGUUCACAAGACGUUGGAGGUGGAAGAACCUGCAAACAGUUCCGCCAAAAACUUUAGCGGUGGCAUAAUAAGCACGCAGCAUAACAAGGGCACGUCGUCAGAGAGUACGAUAAGGAAGCAGCUUCAGCAAGUCGAUGUGCUUCAGAAUAUGGGGAUUUCAAGGCAUUUCGCUGCUGAGAUCAAGUGUAUCCUGGACAUGACAUACAGCUGCUGGUUACAGAGAGAUGAGGAGAUUACGCUAGACGUGGAGACUUGUGCUAUGGCAUUUCGGAUUCUUCGGAUGAACGGAUACAAUGUUUCUGCUGAUGAGCUGUAUGAUGUUGCUCAAGCGUCCUGGUUCCAUCCUUCACUUGAAGGAUAUUUGAGUGAUACAAGAUCCCUAUUGGAGUUACACAAGGCUUCGAAAGUCAGUAUCUCAGAAGAUGAGUCUAUCCUGGACACCAUAGGCUCAUGGUCAGGCUGGUUGCUGAAGGAACAGCUGAGAUCUGGUGCGCUGCAGAGCACUCCACUCUUCAGAGAGGUGGAACAUGCACUGGAAUGCCCUUUCUACACCACAUUGGAUCGUCUUGACCACAGGAGGAACAUCGAAAAUUUUGAUGCCACAGGACACCAAAUGCUAAAAACAUCAUACUUGUCUUGUUAUAACAACAAUGAUAUUCUAGCAUUGGGCGUCAGAGAUUUCAGUGCCUCUCAGUUUACUUACCAGGAAGAACUUCGUCAUAUCGACAGCUGGGUGAAAGAGAGCAGGCUGGACCAGUUACCAUUCGCACGGCAGAAGUUGGCGUACUUCUACCUCUCUGCUGCUGGCACCAUAUUCACUCCUGAACUGUCGGAUGCUCGCAUUCUAUGGGCCAAAAAUGGCGUGCUCACAACCGUUGUCGAUGACUUUUUUGAUGUUGGAGGAUCAACAGAAGAACUGGAAAACCUAGUCACAUUGGUCGAGAUGUGGGACGAGCAUCACAAAAUUGAGUUCUACUCUGAACAUGUCGAGAUUGUCUUUUCUGCAAUUUACACUUCAGUAAACGAGCUUGGAGAAAAGGCUUCUUUGCUGCAGGACCGUGAUGUCACAAAACACCUAGUAGAAAUAUGGCUGGAUUUGCUGAGGUCCAUGAUGACCGAGGUAGAGUGGCGGACGAGCAGCUAUGUUCCAACAGCAGAAGAAUACAUUACAAAUGCGGCUUUGACAUUUGCACUAGGCCCCAUUGUGCUUCCAGCAUUGUAUUUUGUUGGGCCAAAGAUCCCAGAACCUGUUGUCGAAGACCCAGAGUACAACGAGUUGUUCAGGCUAAUGAGCACAUGUGGCCGUCUUUUGAACGAUGCUCAGACUUACGAGAGGGAGUACAAGGAGGGCAAGGUGAACAUCGUUUCUAUCCUCGUUCAUCAGAGUGGCGGCUCCAUGUCCAUAGCGGAUGCCAGAAGGGAGAUUCAGAAGCCCAUCGACACCUGCAGGAGAGACCUGCUAAGGCUGGUUCUUAGCAAGGAAGGUGCCAUCCCUAGGCCCUGCAAGGAGCUGUUCUGGAAGAUGUGCAAGGUGUGCUACUUCUUCUACUCCCAGGGUGACGCGUUCAGCUCGCCGGAGGCGAAGGCCAGAGAAGUGGACGCGGUGGUCAACCUGCCCCUACAGCUCAAAGGAAGCAAUGCAAAUAAACUGCCUGUUUUGUGGGAGUGAUCAUCAAACCUUGAUCUGAUCCCUGCUUGUUUGGUUAACCGAUCCGGUAGCAGGUUUCUGUUCAAGGCAGUUCAGUAGCCUGUAGCUGAUGAUAUUAGGUGGUGUAAGUUGAUGUCAUGUAGGAAGUAUAGGAGGGAAGUAGGGAAUGUUAGGUACUCGCAAGGACGAAAUGAUAGAAAGCUCAGUGUUUACAGCAGAGCUCGUGUUGUUCGACCCAAAAAUACGUCCUGCUACCUCGAACUCGAAGUCCUGAUGAGAUUCUGGACCUAUGGGACCUCA